AUGGCGAACAAAGCACCAUGGAGAUGCGCUGGAUGCAGGCAGCUGAGGAAACACACGGCAGAAUACUGUCCGGUCUGUCAGCUCCCAUGGCAGAGCACGAUCGACAGGAGCUACGUGCACAACCCUGGAGUGCGACAGAAUACCUAUGCAUACUGGUCGCAAGAUGCUACCACAUGGGGAGGGCAUCAAGAUUCAUCAAGUUGGACCAGACCAAGAUCCAAGAGCAGGGCACACACACCGAGAGGACGGCACAGAUCGAAAAGUGCGAACGAUCGCUCUCAAGGCGAUGGCAAGGGACAGCAAGCACAGCCGCCCAAUGCCUACUACGGCAAAGGACAAGGCAAAAUCCCGAUGCCACCAUUGCCACCGCCUACAACGCCUUGGACGGGGUACAACAUGCAGAACAUGCCAGGGAUGCACUUUUCACAGCAGAUGCCUCACAUGCAGCCAGUGACACCUCAAGCAAUGGCAGCGGCUCCACUCACACAAGGGCCGCAACAGCCAUUGGCGCCCCUUGCCCCAGUGUUACAUCCUUCCAUGCCUCCACAAAUCAGUGUGGAAACAGCUCAGAAGGAGUUCAUCGAGAUGGCAAAGGCGCGACAGAUGGAAUUGCCCCCAGACAUGAGACAACGAGUACAGAGAAUGUCCAAGUCCGAGGGGGCGCAAGCUACAAAGGACCUUCACACGGCAGUGAGGUCUUUGGGAUUUGCAAGGAAAGAUGUGGAAGAAGCGCUACAAGCCCGUUGCAAUCUGAUCACGUCAUGGAAACAUUUUCUGGCAGAAGCAGUGCAACAAUGGCAAGGCUAUACAACGCUCUUCCAACAACAAGAACAAGAACUUCAGGCACGCAUUCAGCAAGCUCAUGCGGUCUUUGCUACGGCCAAAGAACAAGCAGAGCAAUCCCAGGCCGAGGCUGGGAAGAUCAGUACCAUCGAGAUUGUCGACGACGAGGAGGAGUUGAAGGGAGAACAAGCAUCAGUGGAGAAAGCGUCAGGACAGAUCCAAGAGGGCCUGACCCAUCUCACAGCUUCACUACAACAACUUCAAGCCAGCGCGGAGGCGAUCGAAACGAUGGAGAAGGCCGCCAAACGACCAAGAACCUCCGAGAAUGCAGCCAACGACGAAGCUAUGGAGGCAAAAGGAGACUUCGCUCCGGAUGGAACCAAGCAUUGGGACAGUUCCACCCCAGCCAUUAUCAUGAAGUGGAACAACCGUGCAGUGUGCAAUGAAGUAUUUGUUUCUGAAUGGCAAGCGAUAGCAAGUGCUCUUCGACUUAGCCGAGAACUUCUCAUGCCACUGUCUCCUGCCACAACACGGUCCAACUCUGCUAGUUCCCAGUGCAGAGAUGCGGCCUUGCAUCAACUUGAACAUUCUACUACCAAAACCAGCCGGCGGAGCUCCCUGCGUGUGGGUUUUGCAGAGGACCUUGAGCUGUGGAUUGGCAUAGAGGAUAGCAUGAAGAUGUACAAGUUGAACGUUCCGAUUGAAGUGGGUGCAACUCGAACCACUCCGUGGAGCUGCCCCAACACACCCUUUUCAGAAGAUGCCCAUCGUGAUCAACGCUUUGUUGCACACUCUUCCUCUGAUGGGCACAUCAACAUCCAACGUUUGUCCUCAAGACCCACAUGGGCGAGUGGAAUUGAGGCCAUUUUGAAUGAAGAAGGUCAGGUCGAUGAGAGCGAGGAGGACAUGGUUGUCUAUUUGACAUCAUAUUUCAUUAGUCACCGUGAUCUUCACCGUCAUGCUGAACCGCGAAUUCUUAGAUUUGAUCGAGAGGUUGAAGAAUGGGAAAGAGAAGUAAGGUUCAUGUGGGAGGAUCUCGUGGAUCAUGAUGCUGCCAUUGACGUAGUGAUCGUACGGCCAGACCCGCCACGAGUAGUGUAUCCAGGCACAGCUGCGACAGUCAUUGUCCAUCAACAUUUUCGACAUGAUCGAGCAGCAUGUCUGAUCUCAACUGCCCACAUCAUGGACCCCACCACAAGAUUCUCGGUGAGUGCGCAUUCCACUGAGACCCAUCUACUACCUCAUCAAGUUCGACACUUAGCAGAAGUAGAUCAACUCUGUCGUGAACGUGCUCGACAAGGAGCAGGCCAAUGUGACGUCUACAUUGGACACCAUGUCCAGCCCGAAGGACAAGCGAUUGCGAUCUUCCAUGGUCUGGCAUUGCACAUUCGUGAGGAUAUCCGACGCACAAUCAUCUUCACGCUGGAUGGCCGAGCUUUUCCUGCAUCUUUGUCCUGGAAUGACCCGGAAGAUCAACAUGCAACAGUGGCCAGACUUGGAGGCCUCCAUGAAGGACAUAUAGCUCAACUAUGGCAAGUGACACAUCGACCUCAUGAUCUGAUUCGUCUCAAUCUUCAGUGCAAGAUUGUACAAUUACGAACAGAACCAAGACCAGCCAGCUUCAUGAAGAUCAUUCUGAUCGACAUUGACAUCUACUCCACGCAGAGUCUCCAACCCUUUGCCAUGAGACGACAGGCGCGAUGGAUGCCACGAGUCAUCAACAGGAGAUCAGUCUUCAGACUCCUUAGUCUUGAUGAGCAGUUCCAGGAACAAGAAGAACAUUGCUACUUGUGGCACAACCAUGACGCAAUUGCGGCCUCCCAAAUCGCACCACUCCGGCUUGAAGAUGGUGACUACAUCCAGAUUCACAUCGGCGAGAAGAUCUCCUCUUUGAGCUGCGAUUCUGCGUCCAGAGAAGCCAGCAACGGUACAGGCAAUGAAAGCUGGAAUCCUCCAGAUGUACAAGAUGAAGAUGAACACAUUGAGCUCUUCCAGCGCAGUAUUGCCCAACUACCUAAAGUAUGGCAAACUCUCCAGCGGCAACUGCAGCAGACCCAACUCAAGGUGGCGCCUGAGCAUGCACGAGCCACGCAAUCUCUCUCUACUACAAGCAGAAAUACACAACAAGCUCUACGACCUCGGCGAUUGAUCCAUUUCCAACCUGAUGAUUUGAGGUCUGUUCGAAUCAGAGCUGAUUCCACAUCUUGGCUUGAUGAUAUCUUGGAGCCAUGGGAAGAGGAUCUCGACCCUACGCUGGAUGUGGUCAUACAUCUGGUGCAGCCGCAACCACCAUGUACCCAUAUGGAGUGCGUCUUGGCCCACCUGAUCAUUGAACAAUCGCACCGUCGAGAACAUACCAUUGGAUUGAUCUCCAUUGUGCGGCAAGGCCAUCGACAAAUGAGAAUCAGACACGCAGCCUAUUCUUUGCCUGAACUGCUGAGCAGAAACUAUGUCCUGCGUAUCAGUGAGGUGUAUCAAGAAUGCCAAAGUCAUCCUCUCUAUUGCAGAGUGCAGCAGGGCAUGAUCCCAUUUGGACUCUUCAACAUUGAGGAGAUACCCAGAGCAGUGGGCAUUGUUGUUGAAUUGCCCUAUGUUGCAGAGCCGCAGUCCACAUUACAUGAUGGCACUGAGCUCAUGCAACGCACCAUCACUAGAUGGCAGAGACGUGCACAACCACAACAAGAGAGCUCGGACGCAUCCAGCACCGGAGGAAGCUGCGAAGGAUUCAAUUUCAAUCCAGAUGCUCCAAGUUUCGUUCCUCAACCAGAUCUGAACUCAGUCCCGGAGUCAAUUGAAGAGCUUCACCAACACUGGCAACAAACCGCAUAUGCAUGGGAAGGCGAAUCAGCUUCAACAAUGGUGAUGACAUGGUUCGUGGAUCAAUUCCACCCAGGAUAUCGUGUUUGCCUUCAACCAAGGCCGGUCAGGCUCUUCGAAGAUUUUACCCAAUGGGAAGUUCAAUUGAGGAACGUGUGGCGAGACAGAUCACUGCAAGGUGCACCCAUCAUGAUUCAUGUUGUAGAGCCGCCACCGCCACAAGUACACCCAGAUAUCGCGACUCACGUGCUCUUGGUCCAAAACCCCCAAGACACCAUGUCGACGAUUGUGCUCACUGGGGUGGAUAGCACUGGUGCACGGAAUCUACUAUUCACGCAAAUGGCAGUGACCAUGCAAGAAAACUUUGUGCUGGAUCCACUACUCAUGCUGAUUGGCCUUGGACAUCAAUGUUUAUCGCCUGGCACGCAGUAUCUCUGCAUGGCCUGGUAUGGCAACACAGCCAUCCCGAUUGGAACACCGUUCCCUAUUCGAGAUGGCUAUGGAAUCAUUCUACGAGUGGGAUUCCGACCAGUACAACCUGUACCUGCUGAUGCAAACGCACUUCUCCAAACCGCUCUAUGUGGUGAGAAGCGCCAAGAGACUUCGGCAGAAUGCCGAUCUGGCACCUGCGAGCGCCUAACAGCUGCUACGGUGGCUCACGAGCAGCGGCCGCAGGAAGCCAAAGAAGGGGCAUCACAGGAGCUCUCAUCAAUGCCGAUUAGCAUUGAGACCCUUGUCCCUGUACAGAACCAGCAGGUCGCAAUCACCCUCUGGCAUGAACAUCCAGAAGCAACGCAACCGCCAUUUGUGGUAGUGAAUACCGAUGCACAAGAACAGGAAGUUUCUGAGGCGCUUGAGGAGUGGAACAUCACUGGCCCUUACGUAUUUCAACCGAACCACCAGAUUGCAGUGAUUCUGGAGACCAAGCAAAAAGAACGCACAGACUGGCCCACACAGCAGCAACCUCAAAGGAACCACCGACCGAUCUUCGAUGGCAGCCAAGUCGAAGACAGAGUUCCAUCAACCAUGCUGACAGUGGGGGUCACUAUACCAGAGCUUCAACAUUUUUUCAAUCCUGCAAAUCAUCCACUACAUCGAGAUCUGAGUGGCUUUGAAAUACCUGAGAUUUGCCAACAACUCAUUGAAGACUGCGUGAUGCACCAACGCAUUGAUCGUUUGCUCAUCUAUGCGGAUGGAUCAUCACAGAGCAAGUACAAACGUAAGCCUCCGCUGUGGAUUGAAGAACAUGAUAUCAGCGAUUCGUGGUGCUUUGCAGUCUUCGGCGAGAACUAUGACUCGGACAAGCUCAUGUUCAUCGGCUUCCAAUGCCAACAAGUAUUGUACAAUGAAGCCGCGCCCCAUCACUUGGGAACGGCCCAUAUUGGCGCAGACGCUGCAGAGUGCGAAGCAAUGUGCUGGGCUGCACUGUGGCGACUAGCACAGAAUCACCGCAUCCCCACUGUCUUCUUGACUGAUUCCCAGCUCACUCGAGGACAGGCCAAUGGAGACACUGGAGCCAGUACGACCAGCCUUCCCUUCCGCACUUUGCGUGGCCUCUUCCAAGCACUUCAAGCUGUGUUGCCUGGAGAUCAGCUGAAGAUCCAACACGUCAUGGGACAUGCGGGGGAUGCUGGCAACGAGUUUGUCGACUUCUUUGCCAAGAUUGAAGCAAUCCACAGUCUGCACCUGCCAAGGCAGACAUUCGAUUCUGGCCGAUGGCUCAAAGUCAUUCCAUAUCUUUGGAUGAUUUUGCAUCAAGCAGUUGAUCUACCUCCACUGACGACCCAGGGAUUUGACAUCAGUGCCCCAGAAUUACCUGCACUUGGUGGACAACUUCGACAACCAGAUAGAUCAAAGCAAGCUCCAACUGCCAGACUGCAACAAGUUAGCCUCAGUAUAUGCAGCGCCAAUGUUCGAUCUCUCUACACCAAGCCGCAUGGUCAUGCCGGCAAAUUAGAUUUUUUGCGCGGCCAAAUGAAGCAACUGCAGCUCAACGUGGUUGGGAUCCAAGAGGCUCGCUCACAUGCUGGCCAAAGUGCAGCUGACCAAGUACUUCGAAUUUCAGGAGGAGACCAACAGGGACAACUUGGAGUGGAACUAUGGGUCAACCUGACACAACCAUAUGCAUAUCAAGGACGCACCCCAGUUUUCUUCCAGAGAAUGGACUUUGUUGUUGUGGAAGCCACACCAAGAACCCUUCUGGUGCUACAUGAUCAUCCGAGCCAUCGCUUCUGGUUUCUCGUUGCGCAUGGGCCUCAAAGUGGACGUCCACAAGAAGAACGAGAGGAAUGGUGGAUGCAUCUCACCACGCUGCUCUUUCAGCAUGUUCAAUCAGACAAGAUAUUCAUCUUGAUCGAUGCCAAUGCGGCGACUGGACCACGAGAUGACAUCCACAUUUUUCAACAUGAUGAUCGCACCUCAGUCAACACCAAAUACUUCACGGAGUUCUUACGUGAGAUGGACCUGGCUGUACCUUCUACAGGUGCUCGACAUGAAGGCCCUCAUCACACUUGGACUAGCCCGAUUGAUGAAGAACAGUAUCGGCUAGACUAUGUUCUUCUGCGCACAGACAUUGUGGGUGAAAGAGGACCUGGAGUCCAAAGAUCGUCCAUUACAUAUCAGAAGAUGCACGAUGCUCUCACGGAUUACCAGCCUUUGCCCUGGGCACAAGAUAUUGAGACGCAGGUCAACCACAUGAACCAAUUUGUGCACAACAGAUUACGCAAACAUUGUAGCAGACAGGAGGCCGCACCGAAGAAGCAAUGUCUAUCUGGAGAAGUUUGGAAGCUUCGGUCCCAACGAAUCCGAACCAAGAAGAAUUUGGUGGAAGUACAACAGCGCCUGCGGGCCGAGCUUCUCUUCAAAGCCUUGUUCAGCUGGCGCAAUCAUGCGGAGACCCAUGAUGCCGACACAGCCAGCUACAUGACCACGUUGCUUUGUGGGAAGCUACGCAUUGUGGCAUGUCUACAUCGACUGGACAGAACAUUGCGUCAUGCACUGCAACAAGCCAAAGGCCGUGCAUUGGACGAACAGCUCAGACAAAUGCCACAUGACACCGCAGCGUCUACAGUCUUGCAUGAGAUCAAACAGAUCAUCAGCACCACCAACUUCAAGAAAAAGAAGAGUACUCCGCUACCACUGAUCAAUAGAACCGAUGGCACGCCAUGCAGAUCGAUUCAAGAAGUUCAAGACAGGCCAGGCGACCCGUUUGCAGACGUGGUCUUUGGAUACUUGUUCUCAAGAAUCCUUGGUGUGGUAGAACAAAAGCUCAUCCAGGAGCAGCUCCUAGACCGGAUCCCAGAGUACAAAUCUGGCAUUAGCCUUGUGCGAGAGUGGUUCUAUAUCACAAGAUUCCACAAAAAGUAUUGGAAGACCCUGGUCCAUAGAGCCACCAUGCUGGACAUCCUGAAGAACAGCGACAACUGGCAGCUCCGACAGGUACACUUCCAUGUCUUCGACCAUUUGCAAUCGGUUGGAGAACUCAACAGUCCUCCGCCUCGACCGGAAGUCACGCCGGCCAAAGGCAUUGGUUCGCAACAUAAUGCUGUUUUGAAACAACGACAUGAUGGCCUGUUGCCUUAUCAGCCAGCUGCCGGACCUCCCACAAGACCCAUGCCACUAAUCGAUGCACAACAUCAUGAUCUUGAAGCGUAUGAGAAGAUUGCUCUUGAAUGUUUCGAGCAGGGCUGCCAUGGAAGAGAUCAUCUCCGAGGACAGUUGUUUGCCAUUGUCCAAGGACUCGAAAUUUCCUGGACGUCACUGAAUCGGACAGUGGAGCAGCUCAUCCAUGACUUCACGGAUGAAAAUUGUGAGCUUGUACAGCUCUCCAAAUCAGAUAUCCAUCAUCUUUUGGGAAGUCUCCGCGAUCCGACACAUUGGCCAUUCUUGACCGACAAUGCCGGAGAUCCUGAACCUGGACAUCGCGUCGAGCCCCUUGAGACGUAUGAGGUAUGGAGCGAACGCUUAGCACAAGAUUUCUCGCAACAGCCUUGGCACCCUGAUCAAGCACGACCCCAUCGACCCUUUGCAGAGCGCAUUAUCCUUCAUGCCUAUUCAGGAAGAAGGCGUCAUGGGGACGUACAAUGGUUUCUCGAAGAGUGUGCCGCGCAACAUCCUGAUGUGAUCAUGCACGUUAUUUCAUUGGACAUCGUCAUCAACUCGCACUAUGGCGACAUUGGACGAGAGGAAGUGCGUGCAAGAUGGUACACAGGCAUGCGGCAAGGCUAUGUGGCUGGAUUCUUGAGCGGACCCCCAUGUUGCACAUGGUCCAAGGCCAGGGGGAAACAAUUGAAGGGUAAAUCCUCCAAGGGCCCACGAGUUCUUAGGGAUUCGAACCAUCUGUGGGGUUUUGACUCAGUCUCCAUUAAAGAGAUGUUGCAAUUGAUGGAUGGCCGCCAAUUGCUGGGCUUUAGCGUCAUUGCCAUGACCAUCCUGGCCACGACUGGGGGAGCCGCCAUCCUGGAACACCCAGCAGAGCCAGAAGAGCAGGAGCUGGCAUCGAUUUGGCGCCUUCCACUCCUUCAGCUUCUGAGUAGAUUGCCCGGCAUGCAGCACCUCAACAUGGCACAAGGCCUGCUAGGCGCGCCCAGCCCGAAACCGACGGGCCUUUUAGUUUUGAAUUUACCAUCGCUACCCAGCUGGCUGGUUCGUUGGGCUGUCUGUCCGGAUCUGCCCAAAGGACGCAGUAUCGGAACUGACGAGACUGGAGUGUACAGAACUGCGGAGCUCAAGGAAUAUCCGCCAGCAAUGUGUGCAGCGAUGGCACAUGCAUUUACUGAUGCCACACUGACAGCAAUCCAUGCGGUGCCGGAACAGCAUGUAGAGCACGUACCGCAGGACUUUUUGGACUUAUGCCAAACCAUGGUGAGUCAUGAUUUUGGUGUUGAGUACGGCCCGGAUUGCGUGCAGUGA